UCGCGUGAGUGCAGUGAUCGCCGACUUUAGUGUUUCACUUCCGUUUUAAGAUGGCAGCCACCAUGAAGAAAUCCGUUGCAGUUGAAGAUGUCAAUGUUACUUUUGAAGACCAGCAGAAGAUUAACAAGUUUGCUAGAAACACAAAUCGCAUGACUGAGUUGAAAGAAGAAAUAGAAGCCAAAAAAAAAUCCCUACAGAAUUUAGAAGAUGCUAGCGAUGACCUUAUGAUGUGUGAGGACGAUGAUCUUCUAAUUCCAUAUCAGAUUGGAGAUGUCUUUAUCAGUCACUCACAAGAGGAAACACAGGAAAUGCUAGAAGCUGCCAAGGAGUCUCUCAAGGAGGAAAUCAAAUCUCUGCAGAGUCGGGUGUCCUCAAUACAGGAAGUGCUUGGAGAUCUUAAGGUCCAGUUGUAUGCCAAGUUUGGGAACAACAUCAAUCUGGAAGCUGAUGAGAGCUGAGCUCUCUAGUGAAUGGACUUGAUUUUACCAUCCGAUAUUACAACCUCAAUAAGUGGUCUCCUGUAUGAAGCUUAUGGCCAGGCCUUUCCCUCCCAUUUUGCGGCAGUGGUGAUCAUUUCUGUUUUUUUAAUGCAUUGAUAUGUUUCUGUAGUUUUUGGAAAGCAUAAGAGGUGGGUUUGACAGUACAUGUAGAUGAAUCUGUGACAGGAUACUGAAAGCAUCAAACUGCAAAACAUACUAGAGGCCUUCACUGCUGUUUAAAUAAAAGUCAUAAACAGUAA